AUGUCCUCCAGAAUCCAAAGACUAACCAACCUAGAAGUUGUUGCCGGUAAGCAACUAAGAAAGACUGCCAUCAUUGGUACUAUUGGUCCAAAGACCAACAACCCAGAAGUCUUAGUCAACCUAAGAAAGGCUGGUUUGAACAUUGUCAGAAUGAACUUCUCUCACGGUUCUUACGAAUACCAUCAAUCCGUCAUUGACAACGCUAGAAAGUCUGAAGAACUUUACCCAGGUAGACCAUUAGCUAUUGCUUUGGACACCAAGGGUCCAGAAAUCAGAACUGGUACCACUGUUAACGAUGUUGACUACCCAAUUCCACCAAACCACGAAAUGAUCUUCUCUACUGAUGACAAGUACGCUAAGGCUUGUGAUGACAAGGUCAUGUUCGUUGAUUACAAGAACAUCACCAAGGUUAUCUCCAAGGGUAAGAUUAUCUACGUCGAUGACGGUGUGUUAUCUUUCGAAGUUCUAGAAGUUGUUGACGGUCAAACUUUGAAGGUUAAGUCCUUGAACGCCGGUAAGAUCUGUUCUCACAAGGGUGUUAACUUACCAGGUACCGAUGUCGAUCUACCAGCUCUAUCCGAAAAGGAUAAGGAAGAUUUGAGAUUCGGUGUUAAGAACGGUGCUCACAUGAUCUUCGCUUCUUUCAUCAGAACCGCUCAAGAUGUUCUAACUAUUAGAGAAGUCCUAGGUGAAGAUGGUAAGGACAUCAAGAUCAUCGUUAAGAUUGAAAACCAACAAGGUGUUAACAACUUCGAUGAAAUUCUAAGUGUUACUGACGGUGUUAUGGUUGCCAGAGGUGAUUUAGGUAUUGAAAUCCCAGCUCCAGAAGUUCUAGCUGUCCAAAAGAAAUUGAUUGCCAAGUGUAACUUAGCUGGUAAGCCAGUUAUCUGUGCCACCCAAAUGUUGGAAUCUAUGACUUACAACCCAAGACCAACCAGAGCUGAAGUUUCCGAUGUCGGUAACGCUAUUCUAGAUGGUGCUGAUUGUGUUAUGUUAUCUGGUGAAACCGCCAAGGGUAACUACCCAAUCAACGCUGUCACCACCAUGGCUGACACUGCUUUGAUUGCUGAAUCUGCUAUUGCUCAUCUACCAUUGUACGAUGACUUGAGAAACUCCACUCCAAAGCCAACUUCUACCACUGAAACUGUUGCUGCUUCCGCUGUUGCCGCUACUUUCGAACAAGGUGCUCAAGCUAUCAUUGUUCUAUCCACCUCUGGUACCACCCCAAGACUUCUAUCUAAGUACAGACCAGAAUGUCCAAUCAUCUUGGUUACCAGAAACGAAAGAGCCGCUAGAAUGGCCCACCUAAACAGAGGUGUCUUCCCAUUCGUCUACACCAAGGCUGCCGGUUCCGACUGGACCGAAGAUGUUGACGCCAGAGUCCAAUUCGGUAUCCAAAAGGCCCAAGAAUUGAACAUCCUAAAGAAGGGUGACACUUUCGUCUCCGUUCAAGGUUUCAAGGCUGGUUCCGGUCACUCUAACACUCUACAAGUCUCUACUGUUUAA